AUGCUAUGCAAUGCAUGUAUCAACAUACUGUCGGUGAUUAAGACGCACCCGCCGGGGAGCUGGACUGGCACCAAGCCAGUACUCUUUGAUCACCCUGAGGGACCGAACGAAUGGGCAGGUUCUCACCACGUCCACGAGGGCGACUUCUAUGAGGCGGUCCGGCGGGGGUGUUACAUCUGCUGGACGAUCUAUAGAGACUGCAGCACCGAGCUUCGAGAGCAAGCCCAUGCAUUUCGCACGUUCUACCAACUCCGAGCACUGGACGCUGACGGCACGCUCCCUCACCUAGAGGACCAUUACGAGUUAGAAUUUACGACUGAGAUCUUAGAAGGAGAGGCCCCGAUUGCGAAGCAACAAGUUUUCGACUGCAGCGGCGUUUUUAAAAUCAUUCCCAAAAAUGAGGUAUCUGCCUCAGGGGAGCCACUCGCUUUAACACCAAACACGUUUUCAGGGAAAUGUAAAGAUCAAGUCCAGCAGUGGCUUGAUAAUUGUCAGAAGAAGCACGUUCAAUGUAAUCAGGACUGGCGUACAGGCGCAGGGUCUCCUGUCCGCUUAUUGCACAUCGAUCCGGCUUCUGGAGGCACGUUCCGUUUGGAGACGUUUGCCAAAAAAACUCGACCCCCCAGAUACGUUACGCUGAGCCAUUGCUGGGGAGCUGGAACGGCAGUCACGUUGACCACAGAAAAUCAAGCACGUUUAUCAGCAGAGUGGUCUCCGAUCAAUUUGCUCCCAAAGAGAUUCCAGGACGCUAUGCAGAUUGCCAUCUGGAUGGGAGUGAAGUACAUUUGGAUUGAUGCGCUAUGCAUCAUCCAGAACUCCAGGGAUGACUGGCUUGCGGAGAGUACGAAAAUGGGCGAUAUCUAUACGAACUCUUUCUGCAAUAUUGCGGCUACGAGCGCAGACCCAGGCCGAGGAUGUUUUACCGAGAGGCGAGUUUACAUGGUGGAGCCAUAUCCUCUACCCGACCCCCAACUACAGGACGGAGAAAAGACGUACGUGAUCGGUUACGAUGAUUUUUGGAGCAACAGCCUCUCCGACACGGCCUUGCACAAAAGGGGGUGGGUUCUGCAAGAGCGCCUGCUGAGCCCACGGACAAUCCAUUUCGGACAAGAGCAGAUAUUCUGGGAAUGUCGAUGUGAAAUGGCCUGCGAGGCAUAUCCUCAUGGCAUCCCCGAGCAAUUUCACAACCGGAAAAUGCACGCCUGGAGGCAGGCAGACAAGAUCCUCGACCCAGCCUACAAGCGAUCGCCCGAAUCGUCAUUGAUAUCGAAAUAUCUGCCGCGACUGAUCUCCAAUUGGCUGACCUCGGGCUCGAAAGCCGACGACCUCUAUUGGGUCUAUGAAAUCUGGACCCGGAUUGUUGAGGCGUACAUGGAAUGCAAACUGAGAUAUGGCGAGGACAAGCUCGUCGCGAUCUCGGGCAUUGCUCAGAAAGUGGCCGAAGCGACCGGAGAACGAUAUCUUGCCGGACUGUGGGACAAUGCCAUGCUACCACAGAGUCUGCUCUGGUUCGUGUUGGGCAGGAGGCAAGCUGAUGGCACUCCAUCACUCAGAAAUGCUUCGGCUGGGGAUCUGGACUAUCGCGCUCCAUCCUGGUCGUGGGCGUCACUCGAGGCCAAGGUCAUCUGGAACUGGCCUGCCCAGUGUGACAAGGUCGUCAUCGACAUCCUGAGCACCAACAUUGAGCAGCCCACUGGCAGCAGACUGGCCAAGGUGUCGGCGGCGCAGAUGAAGAUUCGAGGUUAUCUGGUCGAGGCUUGUCUCCGGGUGACGAGUCGGGAUAUGGACGGAAACCCCGAAGAGGACGGACUAUAUACGUUGGUGCUCGACAGUCACGACGCCUCCAACGCCAUGCAACAACACUCGAUGGAACCGACCAUCUACCUCGACACGCCGAUGUUGCCCCACUGCGAAUCGAUGGACGUAUUCCUCCUCCCGAUCUGCACCCAGUGGCAGAGCCGAUAUGGACUGCAGGCUACAAAUCUGGCGGGCCUGCUCCUGAGAAAAGUGGUGUCGCCUACGGCCGGGACGAGGUACGAGAGAAUUGGAAUUUUCGGGUUGGAUUACAGCCAGGCUUGUGCCGUUUGCGGGAUUGGCCCUGACGACGCCCGCUCCAUCGAGAGUGCAUUGGAGAGGAUGAGACGGGAAGACAUCUGCCUCAUCUGA